AUAUAAUAGAAACCCUCUUUAAAUAUAUAUUAUGACCUGGGGGUCAUCAGAUAUUUCGCAGUGAAAACAUCGUUUCCAUGUUUACGUUGUCACUUUCGUGUCGCGAGAAUUUUGUCCGUAUUUUGGGUAUUUAGUGCGUGUGAAAUAAAAAUUUUUGAUAAAAAUUUAGAAAAUAAUUCAUCCAUUAGUCAUACAAUGGAUUUGAUGAGUUUGUGAAAUGUACCAAUCCAACGCGUCGAAUCGACACUGCCAAAAUAUAAUGGAAGCGCUUGAUUUAGAUCGUUCAUCUGGACAAUGGCCCAUAUCGAAUACGACAAAAAACAAAACCAUCCUCCCACUGUCUAUGCAAUUCAACGAAGGGCAUAAAAUAUCUAUUAUAGGUUACAGUAUCUUAAUGGUGUUUUCGACGGUAGCCAAUAUCACUGUAUUGGUUUUAAUUUUGAAAAGACGCAAGAAAAAUCCUUCAAGAAUUAAUACCAUGCUGGUGCAUCUGUCGAUAGCGGAUCUUCUGGUUGCGUUCCUGAUGAUGCCUUUGGAAAUAGCGUGGGCUUUUACAGUUCAAUGGUUAGCUGGGGAUGCAUUGUGUAGGAUAUUGAUGUUUUUCAGGAUAUUUGGACUGUAUCUGUCCAGUUUUAUACUCGUUUGCAUCAGUAUGGAUAGAUACUAUGCGGUAUUAAAACCAUUGGAUAUGGGUGGUAGAAGAGAGAAAUUCAUGGUUGCUGCUGCUUGGAUAGGAGCCUGUAUUUGUAGCGCUCCCCAGAUGUUGGUAUUUCAUGUAGAAGUUCAUCCUAACGUAACGUGGUAUCAGCAGUGCGUCACGUACAACGCUUUCCCCACUUUCGCCCACGAGUUAGCUUACCUCAUCAUGGGGAUGAUGAUGAUGUACGCUUUACCCUUGGUUGUUAUUAUAUAUUCGUACGCCUCUAUUCUACUCGAAAUAUUCAGGAGAACGAGGAAUCCUACGAGUGCUGACAGCGUCACUAGAUCAAGUCUGCCAUUUUUGGGAAAAGCAAAAAUUCGUACACUGAAGAUGACUAUUAUUAUAGUCUUUGUCUUUUUCAUUUGUUGGACUCCUUACCAAGUUAUGAGUAUUUGGUAUUGGUAUGAUAAAGAAUCCGCUGAUGCAGUGGACGAAAGAAUCAAAAAAGGACUCUUCCUAUUCGCCUGCACCAAUUCCUGCAUGAACCCAGUGGUCUACGGUUUGUUUAACAUCAGACCUCGACGAAGAGUCAAGUUACAGAGCGGGUCGAUGGAUGGAGCUAGCGUUCGCGGUAGAGCUGAAUUCGUGUGUUUCGUUUCAUGGAAGAAGCCGCAUACUCGUCUGUCCAUACACCAUAGAGAAAUUUGUCCGAGUUGCGGGGAAUCCUUCGAGAUUGUCGACGCGAACGGAAAAUGACGAAAAGUUUGCUGCCAUGAGUGAAUUUUUUAAUCCGAUAAAGAAAAAUAAUGUCCGCCACCAAAAAACAUUUAUUGGACGGUUGUUUAUUAGUCCACCUUGUACUAUUUGAAUCUGGAAAACUGCUAAUCGUAUCAGAAUUGUAAUUGAUUAGAUUUUAAUAUUUUUUAUCGAACCUUUGUAUAACAGAAAAAUACAAUUUUUGAUUUCAUUAAAUAUUCGAUUGAAUUUUUUUAAUGAAUUCAUUGAAUGUUGGUUCGAUUUUAAUGAAUUCAUCGAAAAUUGGAAUUGAAUUAUUAUUCUAUUAAUUUAUCUAAUGUAUCGAUUUCGAUGUAUUUAUCGGAGACUUAUCGAUUUUUUAUGAAUUCAUCGAAAAAAUUUUCGAUUUAAAUGCAUUCAUUGGAAUUGAAUCGAUUUUAUCAAUGAAUUCAUCGAAAUUUUUUUCUUAAUAAAAUCAUCAAACAUUGAAUUGAAUUUGUUACUGAUUUCAUUGAAUAUUCUUUUCAUUUUUCUAGUGAGUUCAUUGAAAAUUGUAUCGAUUUCGAUGAAUUUAUCGAAAAAUCUGUCGAUUUUUUCACGAAUCCGUGGAAAACUUUUUCAAUUUUAAUGAAAUUAAAUCGAUUUUUAUGAGUUCAUUAAAAAUUGAAUCGAAUUUGUUAAGAAGUUCAUAAAAAUUGUAUCGAUUUUGAUAAGUUCAUCGAAAAUUGAAUCAAAUUUGUCAAUGAGUUCAUUGAAGUGUAUAAAUUUUUUUAAUGAAUUCAUUAAAAAUUGAAUCAAUUUUUUCAAUAAAUCCACCGAAAGCUGAAUCACAAAAAUAUUUUAUAUAAAAAUUAGAUUAGAGACCUAAAAUCGAAACCAUUACUUCAUAUAUAUACCUAUCCUCCGAUUUACACGGUACAUGUUUUACACGUUUUCGCUUUUACACGGUUUUCCAAAUAAGUUUUUUUUGUGUUUAUCGCACUCUACUAAAUGCUACUGUGAUUGAACACGUGCACUAUGUACACACCUCACGGGGACUCCCGAGCUUUUGUGCUGACUUGCUGCACACGCACACUGUGUCUAUAUCUCUUCGCAUAAAAUUAAAGUUUUAUUUACGGAAAAUUGUAUUUGAGUGAAAGUUUCACAGUUUCAGAAAGAUUUAAUUUUCCAUAUUCGUAAAUUACGAGUGCAUAAUUUAGAUUAUUAUAAAUUAACGGCUGUGAUUAAAGUAAAAUUCAGAGGGAAAAAUGAUGGUAAUUUACCAAAUAGGUUUUUUUAAAAUAAAAAAAUUAAAACAUUUUAAUUUGAAUGAAAAUUAAUCAUUAAACUUUUGUUAAACAGUCUAGUUAUGGUGAAUUGAAACAACUGGUUCUUUUAUUAAAGGUAUAAUUUUGUUCUUAUUUGGCGCUUAGUACUUGUAAAUUAAUAUAAAUUAAAAAAAAUUAUAGGCUUAUAAUGAAGAAGAAGUUAAAAGAAAAGUUAUUUCUUUAGAAACUAAAAUCGAAAUUUUGGAUCACUUACGAGAGGAAGAUAAAGUAGUAGAUGUUGCAAAAUCAUAUAGCAUGAACGAAGCUACACUAAGAGUUAUUAGAACAAAUGAAAACACAAUUAGAAAGAGUGUGGCAGCUGGCAAUACCACGAGUAUGGGCACAAUAUCAUAGACCAGAAAUAUCUAAAUAGAAAAAAUGGAGAAAGAGUUAAUGCUUUGGAUAGAAGAUCAAACACAAAAAAGAGUACCUAUUGAUACAAGCGCAAUAACAAAUAAAGCAUUAUGAAUUUACAAAAAAAUGUAGAGCAAUUACCAUCUUUUUCAACUGAAAAGAAGCCAAAUUUUUUGAAAGAUUUAAAAUAAGACAUUCUUUACACAGCUUAAAAUUAAAAGGUGAACUUGCUUCUAGCGACGUAGAUGCAGCCCAAGAAUAUCCAGGCAAAUUUUGCAGAAAUUAUUAACGACAAUUCGUACACCCCUGAUCAGGUUUUCAAUGCUAAUGAGUCAGGGUGUUAUUCUGGAAAAAAUGCCUGAUAGGACUUAUGUCUCAAAAUUUUAUAAAUCGGCUAGUGGUCAUAAAGCAUCAAAAGAUCGCAUAACAAUUAUUUUCUGUAGCAAUGCUUCAGGAGAUUAUAUUAUGAAACCAUUAGUGAUUAACAAAUCAAAAAUGCCCCGUGCCUUUAAAGGAGUAAACAUCAAUAAUCUUCCCGUUUAUUGGAGGGCUAAUAAGAAAGCGUGGGUUACUGCUGCAAUGUUUACUGAAUGGUUUCAUCCCAGAUGCCAAAAAAUAUUUAAGUUCAAGGGAUUGCCUUUUACAGUGCUUUUGUUAAUUGGCAAUGCGCCAGAUCACCCACAAGAUCUAGAAUAUGAGAACGUUGAAGUAAAAUUUUUACAAUACAACUUCAUUAUUACAACCAUUGGACCAAGGCAUAAUUUCUACUUUUAAAGCUUUGUACAUAAAACGAGCCUUUACAUACAUUUUGGAAUAAAUGGAGAACAAUGAAUCUGUAACAGUUAUUAGUGCUUGGAAAAAUUUUACAAUAUUAGACUGUGUGAAGCAUAUCGCCUUAUCAUACACUGCGAUUAAGCAAACAACGCUCAAUAGCUGUUGGAAAAAUUUGUAGCCAAAUGUAGUCAAAAAUGAACAUUCCAUUUCAACGUUAAAUGAUGAAUAUUCGCAGAUAGUACAGAUUCAUUGGUGAGAGAAGUUUUUGAUGAUUUUACUGAUAAAAAACUAAGUGAGAAUGAUUUAGUUAACUUAGUUUGCGAAAGUGAGUCUGACAAAUAUGAUGAAGAGGAAUUAGUACCAGUAACAUUCACUGCUAAAGUCAUCCGCGAAGGACUCGCAUUGGGAGAAAGCUGGAUAAUCAUUUUAUACAAAAUGACACAAACGUUGAAAGGGCUUUACGAUUCCAACGUGACAUAAAUCGCUGCUUGACUCAAUAAGAAGAAAUUUACAAAUAUCUUACAAAAAAUUCGAAGCAAUUGUUAAUAACCGAUUUUAUUACCAUCUCUCAUAAUGUAAAUAUUUCUGCUUCAAACAUCGAAUCUGCACAAAUAACUUCGAGUGAUGAAAGUGAAUUCGAACCUUUGAUUCCGAAAAAAAGAAUGAGAGUAAUUUCUGAUAGUGAUGAGGGAUAAUAAAACACCUUUGGUUUUAUUUUUUGUUAUUCUGUUUAAUGUAUUGUAAUUAACUAAAGAAAACAGUGUUUUCGUAAUAUAUUACAUAUUUUAACCUGUCAAUGCAUUUUAUUUCUAUUUCUGUGUACACCUAAAAAUAUUAAAAAAAAAUCACAACUGUUAAAUAGCAAAAUUAUGCAUUUUCUGCAAGCUUUUCGAUUUACGCGGUUUUGACUUGAAAAUUUUCGAUUUACACGUUUUUCUCAGGAACGUAUCUACCGUGUAAAUCGGGGGAUAGGUGUAUUUGUAACAUUGAACUAGGAUACAGCGAAAGUAAUGAUUAAAUUCAAAUGAAACUCAGAAAAAUAGUAUACAUUGGCAACAUCUAAAAUGACUUAUUUUAAUCUACGACUUAUAUAUUUAAGUUUGCCAUGGGUGUGGUCAAUUAUUUUAACCUACAAAAAAUAUUUUUUCAUUCGAAUUUUUUUUAAUAAAAAACCCAAGGUACUGAUUUGACGUACCCGAAUUUGAUAUACUUACCAUGGGCGUAGUGAAAAUUCUGUUUAUCUAAUACUUUUUUAGUAAAUAAGAAAUUGAUAAAUCGAAUUAACAUCAAUUUGAUGUGGAGUUCAGAAAAAGUUGAAUAUUGGCAACGUUCGAGUUUAUUUGAGAUUAAAAAUUUGCCACUUUGUUUUAAAAAUAUAAUAUUUCGAAAAUAAAUUGAUAAACUGUAUUAGUUACUAUUUUUUUUUCUCGAAAUUUAUUCUCCAAAUAAAAUUUAAUAAAUGAAAAAAGUUAAAUAUUGGCAACAUCUAAAUUAGGAACUCAAUAAAAUUGCCAGGGGCGGCGAUGUGAAAAACUAAAUUUUUGACAAUUUAUUUUUAUAUUUUAUAAAUGAAAAGUGAUAUUGUUUUGAUUUUUUCCCAAGCAAUAAUUUUUUAAAUAAAACGAAAGAACAUAUCGUAUGAUUUUUGAAAAAUAAUAAAUUUUUUAUUGUGUAAUUUCGACUUUUUUUACUAUUUCUUUAAUUAGAUUCAAAUAUUUUUGUAUGAAAAAGCGCCUUUAUCCUAGAACCAGCCCUGCAUUGACGUGGUCAUCAAUUUUUAACAAAAUAUUUUAGAAAAAUUGAUUAAAUCUAUUAUUAAAAAAAAUUUUUUCAUCUAAAUUUAUUUUUAAGACUCGGAAAACUAUUAAAUAUUGGCAACAUUCAAAUCAUUGGUCAUGUAAACAAACUUACCAUGGGCGUAGUCAGUUUUUUUUAAAUUGAAUAAAAAAUAUUUUUAAAUUUAAAUACAAUCAUUACAUUUAUUUAUCGCUACUGUAAAUACAUUUUUUAAUAAAGAAUUAUAUUAUUAACUGAAUUUUUUAUUUCAAAUAUUCAAUAUACGUACUAAUUUAAGGAAAAUCUCGGAAAAAUACUGAAUAUUGGCAAAAUCUAAAGACCUAUCCUACCACAACCUCCGAUUUUUUAAUCCAAACCCAUUUAUCAUGGGCGUAGUC